AUGACGGAGAUGGAGGUUGAUCGGCCGACGAACUGGCAUCAAGGGACCCAGUCGGCUAACCGUGUGGAUCGAGCGUUUGUGGCUUGCCCUCCCUGGCUGCUGGUCCAGUUCCAUCAGUCGAUGCGCGUAUGCGGUGAGCCUGAGGAGUUUCACCGACAGCGCAUCAGCGACCAUGUCCCGAUUGUGCUCACGUUCUCUUCGUGCAAGCCUUCGAAACGUGAUCGCCCGAUCCCCCAGGGCAUCUGCAAGGGCCCACUCUUUGCCAAGGUGGUUGCGGAUUACGAGAAACUGUGCGGGAUCCAGUCGAUAGUGUCCCCUGUUGAGAAGCUGUGGGUGGCCACGAAGCGUCGGCAGAUUGCAGGGCGCCUCACCCGCAACCACCAGCUGCAGCGCAUCUCGAAUGGCAAGUCACAGAGGGCUAUGAUUGCGAGGAGUGUGGCUCGGGCGGUGUGGCGAUCUGAUAUGACCUUGGCUCGCACACUUCUGGCUCGACAUGCGUGGACAUCGAAGUUUCUGUGCAUCAAGGACGGGGUGGUCACGCUCCUGAACGCAGGCGACUUCCGUGACCUCCACUCGGAUCUACAGCGGCAGGAAGCGCAGGAGCGGGCGUCUGCGCUCCAACGCGCGCAAGCUGCUGCCGAUCGGCCUGCUGAUGUCCGCCGUCUCGCUGCUCAACGCCGUGCUGCGCAGCGGCGCGCUCGACUGUGGUCACCCUUCGGGCGUCGACGGUGCCUUGCGGGAGUCUUUCUCCCUGAAGAUGACCUGCGGGCCGAGGACGUCGUCGCCCACACGCUGCAGGAGAGGAACUGCGCCCUCGGCAAGCACUGGGCGAAGAUCUUCCAGCGCGACCCACCGCUGCACCAGGCGGCAGGAAAAUAUGCAUCUCGCUUCCGCUCGGAGGUCGACUCGUCUGACAUCCCCCCGCCGUGCACCCGCCACCUCACCUCCUUCCUCGGCAAGGUCAUGGAGGCUGCCCCGGGCCCUGAUGGGCUCCCCUACUGCGCGUGGCCCGUGGGUGCGGGACCUGGGGUCAUCAUGGAGAUGCGCCACCAUGAGCCUGGAGAAUCUGCCUGGUUAAGAUCCUCGCCCACGUCCAAUGUAGACCGCGAGGGUGGCCCCUCCAUGGAGGCCGCGCAGCCAGUGGAGGCGGAAAAGGCCGCCCUGAUCCGCGCCAUCCUCGAGAGGGACGCGCUGCUGCUGGACUUGGAGGCGCGCGAGGCGCGGCUGGCCGCGGAGAACCAGGCGCGCCUCGAGAGCUCUGGGCUGCUGGCCCGGGUGGAGGCGCUGGAGCGGCUGGCCGCGGAGCGGCAGGAGCUGGAACGCCAGACGGCAGAGGGACCUGUCCCCGAAGGCCGACGACGCGCGGGCCGAGCGGCUGGCGGCGGAGACGAGGCUGUGGAAGUAUGA